AUGAGAGAAAGAACACCAUUCCCCAAGGAGUUAAUUGAGCGUCUUCCUCGACUCAAACUUCUUCUCAGCGGUGGUCGUCACAAUAAGGCGAUUGAUACGGAUGCUUGUCGGUCGCGAGGUAUCCCAAUCACAGGCAGCGAUGCCAGAAUGGCCACCGUUUCUACCCUGGAACACGUAAUCACCUUGAUUCUCGCUGCUUGUCGUGACAUUCCACAUAACGAUGCUGCUAUCAAGGCCGGGGAGUGGCAGACCAGUCUCGUCACUGGAGUUACUGCUAAAACUCUUGGUGUUGUCGGCCUUGGACGGCUAGGCAGCUCUGUUGCUCGAAUCAUGAGUACAGCAUUUGGGAUGAAGAUUAUCUGUUGGAGCUCUAAUCUUACUCAGAGUAUUGCUGACGAGCAAGCUAAAGCCCAAGGCUUGCCAACCGACACCCAAGACGGCGAUAAGACGUUCAAGUUUGUGAGUCGAGAAGAGCUGUUCUCUACUUCUGACAUAGUGACCGUGCAUCUGCUGUUGUCAGACCGCACACGGGGCUUGAUCACGUCGGAGGACUUAUCAACAAUGAAGCAAUCUUCAUUUUUUAUAAAUACCUCCCGUGGACCAUUGGUGGUUGAGGAUGAGUUGCUUGCAAUUCUCAAGGCAGGGACUAUUAGAGGAGCUGCACUAGACGUGUUCAACAUUGAACCCUUACCAACGGAUAGUGAGUGGCGAGACACGAGUUGGGGCACUAAAGGCAAGAGUCGGGUGCUUCUGACACCACAUAUUGCAUAUGUGGAAGAGGGCGUCAUGAAUGAAUUCUAUGAGCAUCAGGUCGCAGAAUUAGAUAGGUGGUCGAGGGGAGAGGCCUUGAACAAUACUAUGUAUUAA